AUGAGCUCACCAAAGUCAAUGCAGAGGAAGGCAUCCCAACGCAGCCAUCGCAAGAAGGUGUUCAUUUCGCUGCGUUUUGGGGAGGCCGGCCAUGCAGGCAAGCUGCUCCAGCGAGAGUUGGAGCAGGUGCACGGCCUGGACGUGUUUUUGUGUGACGUCAAGCCUGGUGGCAACAUGGAAGAAGAGAUCAUCACGGCUCUCGCGGUCUGUGACUUGGCUGUCAUCAUGGGCACCAAGACGUACGGCAAGAAGACGCCUUCCACUUUCAGCACUUUCGAGGAGCUGCGGUUCAUCACAACUGAGCGCAAGCCAUUCUUUUUCAUCAAAAUGUGCGAGCGGCUUGAAGAGUCAUUUGCGCGGUUUCAUCUCCCCGACUCCAUCUCCUUUUUUCAGUGGAUCCCUGCUUCAAGGGAUCCAGAAUCCAUGUCCCUACCACACGAUCUCGCCCCAGCCAUCGUGGACAAGCUCACCCACAUCAGCACCUCUAGCAGCGCGAAGGGCGGCAAAGGUCACUCCUCCGUCAUCACACGACAGCUCCCAACGACACUGGACGCUAGCCUGACACAGUGGCUGCAGCGCUACAACAUGUUGUCCUCCAUGGGGCUGGUGCUUGAGAAGCGCAACAUCACAAGUCUUCACAAGUUGGAGCAGGCAACAGAGGCCAUGCGGAAUCCGAGAAAGCAUGCACUUGCGAAGCGACGACGGCAACAGCAAGAGCAGCAGGGAAUGAAACGAGGAGAGCAGAGAAGUAACCCCAAAUCAGAAGGAGGCCUGCAACAGUUACAUGAGAGCAUGUUGAUGAAAGAGAAGGAGUUGAAGCCAGCCGAAAUUGCCAAGUUCCGGCGGGCGUGCAAGGCGAGGACCUGGCACAACAACGAGAUGGACAGUGAGGGAAUGGUGGAGAGCACUGAGGGGGUGCGCGGACAAGCAGCUGAGAAGCAGGAAGACGACGAAGAGGAAUACCACGAAGAAGAACAGGAAGAGAUGCAGCAGCAGCAGCAAGCGAGUGUUGCGCCGACACCUGUGCGUGAAGGUGUGGCAGAUGAAACCCUGUUUCGGGAGUGCCUGCAAAAGGUGAGCGACGAGGACGCCAAGGAAAAGAUUCUCAGCAUUUGGAACAACACGUGUGGCGAGGAGGUUCGGCUUCUUUGGGGAAACAACCUUGGAGAUAUAGGCGGGAAGGCGCUUGCAGAGGCAUUGAAGGUCAACACGACGCUAACAGGCCUCUACCUUGAAAACAACGACCUUGGACUUGAAGCGGGAAGAGCGAUUGCGGAGGCAUUGAAGUUCAAUGCAAUGCUGGCAGUACUUGACCUAAGCUACAACAUCCUUGGACCCGAAGGCGGGAAGGCAAUUGCAAAGGCACUGAAGGUCAACACGACGCUAACAACGCUUGACCUGUAUAACAACGGCGUAGGCUUUGAAGCCGGAAUCGCGAUUGCAGAGGCUCUGAAGGUCAACACGACGCUUACGGAGCUGGAUGUUGAUGACAACUUCAUCCCGGGCAAAAUCAAAUCAGCCAUCAAUUCGGCUCUGAGGAGAAACAAGAAACUCGCACCUCGCAUGCAAGAGCUGAAUGCGCUACUUGAGUACGGCUCCGUACCCCUGUCCACGGCCAAGGUGUUUGUUUGCGGGCAUUUUGGCAUCGGCAAGACCACCCUAAUCAAGACGCUGCAGUCGUCUCCACACGUCUUCAACACCAUGGUGCGCCGCCGUCGCAAAACAUAUGACGAGCCCGAUCGCCCAGAUCAGCGCACGCCCGGCAUUGAGAUGCACAACUUUGCACUCAAGAGAGGCAGGUCGUCUGGCAGCGUCUCCCUCACACCAUCGCCCGUCAACGCAGCAGAAGGGAGCGAAGACUCAUCCCGUCACGAGACAGCGCUCCCGCCGUGCAAGCUGCGGGUGUAUGACUUCGCUGGGCAGGUGGAGUACCACGUGGUGCACGAGCUACUGUUUGCGGACCACAACGCCGUCUUUGUUGUGUGCGUGGACCUGUCCAAGGACAUGGCCAACGUGGAGGAGUCUGUGCUGUACUGGCUUCGCUUCAUCAAGACGCGCCUGCACCAAGCCGUGCACCGUUCACCGCAUCCGCCACACGUCUUCAUUGUCGGCACGAAGGCAGACAAGCCACACGAGCACAACACGCUGGUGGAGACAGCAGCAGAAGCUAUACCACAUGCUUCUGGUGUCUCUUUGCCGCCAAUGCAGUUUCCGAGUGGUGACACGCUGUUGCAGAGCCGACGACUGCAGGAGUGGUUUGGUGACACGAUGCGUAUCCAUCCACACGUGAUCCCCCUCAACUGCCAUGACUUGGGCAGUGCCUGCAUGCAUCACUUGCGCGAUUUGCUUCACGCUACCUGGUUGGAGGUCGUGCAGCAAGACAUUCAAGUGCCCAAAGUGGUGGAAUUGAUUGGCGAGGGGCUGCAACUCUACCUACAUGUGCGUGGAGACAUUUUGUGGUUCCAGUCCAUCCCAUCUCUUGCCGACCAUGUCUUCGUCUCCCCUUCCUGGCUGCUGAGCAAAGUAGUUGGCCCAGCGCUGGCACCGGCCCACUUUCCCGUCCACUUGCGAGCGAGGGAAGGGCGCGUGAUGUUCUCGGAGAUGCAGCGUGUGUUCGGGCGGGUGAUGGAUCCAGACCUCGUGGUGGACGUGCUGAGCAGCAUGCUGCUGUGCUAUGAAGAGGACGCCGCCCUGCAUGAGGGUAAUGGUGACCGUGUUUUCAUGCUGCCGUCGCGGCUGGAGUGGCGCCCAGAGCGUCUGUGGGGAGAAGAUGGGUCUGUGGAAGUGUUUGCCGGCCGCCGCCUGCAAAUUGCGCAACACCACGGGAUGAUUUUCCCCCCUGGCGUGUUCCCGCGUGUGCAGUCACGCAUCGUGCAGUGUUUGGAUUACACCACAAGCCUAUGGCAGACAGGGUUCUUUGGCCUGCUGUCUUCUGUUGAGUGCUUGGGCCGUAUUGUUAGCGACACGUGCAUUGAUCUGUGGGUCCGCUGCCCCGCCACACACAAGGAGCACGCUUGGCUGGCCUUGGACAUGAUGCUGAGCGAGGUUGAGGAGGAGGUUGAGGGCAUCGAGUACGACCAUCUCGUGCUGAGCCACGCCCACCUGUCCUCCUACCGGCGCCAUCCAGCCGGAUACCCGCUCCAGGACGUGGAGGACGCCGCCGCCGCCGGUGAAACGCUCAUCAUUCGCUCGGUGGACGAUACAUCCAGCCCUGGCAAGAAGGAACACGCGCGGGACGAGCUGAAGAACCUCCUCCGUGAAGACCUGUUCCUGGCCUACGUAGCUGAUGCGUCUGAUGUGUGUGUUUGA